AUGGAGACCAAGAUUUCGCAAUGGUUGGAUUCUGUCACCUCCUUUUUCAACCCUGGACAGCACCUUCCCAAGUGCAAUCGAGACAUUAUCCUUGGCUGUGAGAAAGAAGUGGCAGAGGUAGAAAAUACUGGUACUGAUGAACAAAAGAUUGAAAGCAUUAUGCGAUUGUCAUGGGCUCUUGUUCAUUCUACACAGUUAGAAGAUGUGCAGCGAGGGAUUACUAUGCUCGAAGCUUCUCUCUCUGGAACCAAUAGUCCAUCGCAGAAGAGUGAAAAGCUUUACCUUCUAUCUGUUGGAUGUUAUAGAAGUGGUGAGUAUUCAAGGAGCCUGCAGCUUGUAGAGAAAUGUUUGGAGAUUAAACCUGAUUGGAGGCAGGCUUUGUACCUUGAGAAGACAGUCAUAGAACAAAUUACAAAAGAUGGUGUCAUUGGAAUUGGCAUUUCAGUUACUACUGUGGGACUUAUAGCUGGUGGAAUUAUAACUGCAUUAGCUAGCAGAAAAUCGUGA